UCACUUUUAUCUAUUUUGACUACCUAUGUAAAUCUAUAGCUCUCUUUUAUUUUUUGCCGAUUUGGUUGGAAAUUUGACGACUCGUGGGGUCUUGUACACACUGGUGACUGGCUUUUUGACACGAUUCGACUCUCUUCUUCUUCUCGCUGCCAUUUCCGUGAAACCUGAGUCAUAGCCAACUUUUCUUCUUCAAUUGAAACCCACCAAGCUUCUUUUGUCCCUUUUAAUGUUAAAAGCUUCCUCCUUUAUUGCUAAAAGAGAGAAGAUUCGCAAGUUUAUAGUUUCCGUUGGCGUCUUACAGGUGGAGAAGAUUCACCUGGCUUUUCCACAAAAGUCCCCAACUUUUUAGGCUACUGUGCUUAAAAGCUCAAGUUUUUUUAUGGGUUUUGCUAAGCCUUGCGGUUUCUGCUUCGAUCUCUUGAAUCGUUUCCUGUCACCUUCUUGUGUUCUCUAACUCUUGGGAACUGCUAAGGAGAAAAAAUCAGCUCCUUUGUGGUAAUAUUUUAGACAAAUGGGAUUUGGAGUUGGUGGUGGAAGUGGAAGUGGAGGUAGUAGAAUGUUGGAUUUGAGGAUGGUCCAAAGCCACAAGCGUUCAAAAAGUGCCAGCUUUCCAGAAAAGAAAAGAUCUGAGGGAGUUGAACCCUCGAAUAUUUGUCUUGAAGCCUCUCAACGCAUCAAGCUGGACAUGGGUCGUUCAAAGGAAUCGACCAGAACCAAGCAUAAUCAAUACCAUUCAAACACCGAAACUUCAUUGAAGCAAGAGAUUGAUCAGCUCCAGACGAGAUUACAAAAUCAGUUUAAGGUUCGUUGUGCGUUAGAGAAGGCGUUAGGUUAUCAAACAGCUACUUCGUACAUACUGAGUGAAACAAACGACAUUCCCAUGCCCGAGCCAGCUACUGAUUUGAUCAAAGACAUUGCGCUUCUGGAGAUGGAAGUUAUACAUUUAGAGCAGUAUCUUCUUUCGUUAUAUCGAAAAGCCUUUGAGCAGCAAAUCUCUCCAAAUUCAGAGAAGAAGAAGGCUGAGUCUCCAUGUGUAACAACCCCUAGAAGGCGUCUAGACUUUUCUCAAGAUGAUGAUACCACACCGAUAAGUGAUCCUCUGCUUGAUGAUAUUCAAAAUCAGUCAAAGAAAGCAGAGAUCUCUGCGGGUGGCCGAGACCAAAUGGUCCCCAGUUUUCACCGUAGCCACUCCCAGCGUUCAGCAUUUGAGAGUAAAAAUGCAUCUCCUGAAGAUUCUUGGAGUAAAGCCAUCCGCUCUUGCCACUCCCAACCGAUGUAUGUGGAGAAUGGAGAAAAUCUAAUAAGUCUAGCCGAACAUCUUGGCACCAGAAUCUCGGAUCAUGUUCCAGAGACACCCAACAAGUUGUCUGAAGGAAUGGUCAAGUGUAUGUCAGAAAUAUACUGCAAGCUUGCAGAGCCGCCUUGUGUACUGAAUCACACACUUUCCUCUCCAAACUCGUCUCUAUCAUCGAGUGCAUUUUCGCCCUCUGACCAAUACGAUACAUCAAGCCCUGGUUUGGGGAACAACUCCUCUUUCGAUGUACGUUUAGAUAACUCUUUCCAUGUACAAGGAGAGAAGGACUUCAGUGGACCUUACAGCACCAUGGUUGAAGUGAUUUGCAUUUACAGAGACGCCAAGAAAGCCACUGAGGUCGAAGAUCUUCUGCAAAACUUCAAGUCGCUCAUCAGUAGAUUGGAGGAAGUCGAUCCAAGGAAGCUGAAACAUGAGGAGAAGCUGGCGUUCUGGAUAAAUGUGCACAAUGCGCUUGUGAUGCAUGCAUUUUUAGCUUAUGGGAUUCCACAGAACAAUGUGAAGCGAGUCCUACUGCUACUCAAGGCUGCAUAUAACGUUGGUGGACACACAGUUAGCGCCGAAGCUAUACAAAGCUCAAUUCUUGGAUGCAAAAUGUCUCAUCCUGGACCGUGGCUUAGACUGCUAUUUGCAUCAAAGAAAUUCAAAGCAGGAGAUGAAAGAUUAGCUUACGCGAUCGAUCAUCCCGAACCUCGGCUACAUUUUGCACUUACUUCAGGCAGCCACUCUGAUCCAGCGGUUCGUGUAUAUACACCGAAAAGAAUCCAGCAAGAGCUCGACACGUCGAAAGAAGACUACAUAAGAAUGAACUUAAGCUUACGCAAUCACAAAGUCCAACUGCCAAAGCUCGUGGAGACGUUUGCAAAAGAGUCCGGUUUAUGUCCGGCCGGAUUGACGGAGAUGGUUAACCGGAGUAUACCGGAAUCUUCAAGAAAAUGUCUAAAGAGAUGUCAAUCAAGAAGUAAAUCACGCAAGCCCAUUGAUUGGAUCCCUCACAGCUUUACAUUCAGAUAUCUUAUUCUUAGAGAAGCUGCCAAAUGAAAUUAUUCCAAAAAUUCAUAUAACGUGGCCUGUGUGUAUAUAACAUAUAUAUUCAUAAAAAAAUCGGUUGUCUCUGUCCCCACUUUCUGUUUAUAAUAAUGUUGAUUUCGUCUAGAUAAUUGGAUCUUGUCUGUUUCACAGUUACUUGUCCCCUUGUACAUG